AUGAGUUCUACACAUGGUCUUUUGACCACUUUUCUAUUAUUUUCAUGUCUGGCAGAGAGUUAUCAGAAGGCCCGGAGUCGGCCUGUCGACAAGUAUGCUGCCAGCUACAGUAUCAAUCCAACAGUUCAAUUUUCAGUAACUUAUGGAGAGCUGAAAUUCGAAAAGGAGCUGAAAGUGGCUCUUGACACAAAAGACGUCCAAGCUUCUCCAUACUACAAAGACAAAGUUCUCUCCCUACCCAUCUCAAAGGAUGCUGGAACGGAAUUAUGGCAGCACUGGACGGAUCAAGCAUUUUCUGGACUAAUUUCAGCUAUUGCUACUAGAAGACUGAAUUUAGUGGAAAAAUACGAUAAAAAGAAGCAUGAAAAGUGUUCCGCAAAGGCUCAUGAUGUUGCGAGUCAUGCAAAAUGUCUGGUUGCUUUGGAAGGAGAUGGAUUGACAAAUCGAUUGUUGAAGAGGAAGAAGUAUUUCGAUCAGAGUAGGAAAAGAGAAUUCAUUUGGAAAAUCAAAAAGUCGAAAAAAAUGCGAAAGAGCAGUUCAGAGAAGCUGGCCAAAUUGAGAAGCAUGGAAAGUUAUGAGGCUUCGAAAAGUGCUGAAAGCAAAACUAAAAGAAGGAGAAGGAUUCUUAAAAAAUCUUCUGAAAGCUCCGCGGUUGGGGACGACUGGGUUGGAUCAUUUAAAACUGCCCGAAGAGCAAAAAGAUCAAUAAAAGUCAAGAAUGCUGAUAGCUACACUUUGAAAUCAGAAUACGACACAUCUCCAUUUGCCGCUAUCACGAAACAGUUGUCCAACACUGUUAAGGUAUUCAAGAAGAAGGAUAAACUGAGCAAAUGGCAAGAUGUUAUCGAGCGGAUUCAGAAGGAAAGUUCGUUGUUGAAAAAACGAAAACAAGUGGAAAACCUACAACGAAAGAGGAUGCGAGUAUUUCAAGAAGCAAAAAGAAUCAAAUCAAAUGAAAAUAGUUCUUUGGAAAUGAGAAAAAAGAUGAAGCGUCGAGAAGGAUCAGUUAUGAAUUUUGCUAAUGUCGAAAAGUAUAUUGAUGACGAGGAGUUGAAGGAUUUGUAUCACAAAAAAAUGAGCAAUAUGACAGAGGAAGAUGAAAUGAUGAUGAUUCCGAUUGAUUUGAUCCGGCAAGCUGCGAAGAUCGGAUUGGGACUUACUGGAAAGAAUACCACUGAUAUGGAUGGAAAGACUAUAAAGCUUUUCAGUCCUCGGUUCAUGAGUGUGCUACCAGAAGAUCAGGAGAGUAAAAACAAUGAGGUGGAUAUCCUCUCUCCAUCUCUAUUUGCGCUCCAUGACUUGGGAUCUGAUACUGAACAGAAGACGUCAUUGAAAUCUCUUCUGGGGUCUGCAAUGGAUUCAGCAGAUUCUCAAAACUUUUUGGAUUUAUUGGUGGAAGCAACAGGAGUAGCUGAAGCUGUAGAAGAUGCAGAACAGAAAAUGAUAGAUGCACAACGGAAGAAGGAUGAUGCAAUGGGAAGAGGACCAGACGGACAACCAUUGUAUUUCACAAAAGAGAAUAUCACAGAGAGAUUCCCAUCGGAAGCGAAAAAGAUUGAAUUAUUCGAGGAAUUGGAUAAAACAUUUUCAGUGGAUCAAUUGAAGGAUAUGAAUCAGACUGGAUAUACGGUACUCAAUCCAAAACAAAUGCAGAUGAUGUAUGGAAAGAAGUCGCCUUUUAAGAAUUCAAGACUUUUGAGAACAUACAAAAAUAUGACGACAGCUGAGAUCCACCGAUCAAUUCAUAAUACUAUCAAAGAUGUAGCCGAUAAAAAACUGAAGUUUGAGGUAAGGGAAAAUUCUUAUGAAUAUCCAAAAUCAAAUUCGUCUCUCCAGGUUCGUCAAAAAGAUAUCGUCCUUUCCCCAAUUGUCGGAACUGCAAUCAUCAAUAACCCUGCACUGGCAUCCCAAGCCUUGAUCCUUUCUCCAGCUGUGAUGGUUCCACUGAUUCAAUCUCCUGCAAUAUUCGGAACCGUAGUCCUCUCUCCAUGGCUUUUCGUUCCCGUCAUCCUAUCUCCUCGUAUUUUAAGUCCUGUAAUCCUCGAUCCUUUCAUGUUCGUCCCCAUCAUCCUAUCCCCUCUUGCUCUGGUUCCUGUAGUCUUGUCACCUGGAGUCUUCAAUCCAUUCGUGCUCUCUCCACUCCUCAUGUGCCCCUUCAUUCUUUCCCCUCAAGUCAUGACUCCUCUAAUUCUUUCCCCAUUUGCUCUGACCCCUCUGAUUCUGAAUCCCCUUCUCAUGUCUCCAUUGGUGUUAUCGCCCUUUGUAUUGUCUCCACAAGUACUUUCUCCUCAAUUCCUGACUGGAAUUAUCCUAUCUCCAUAUGCCCUUUCUCCAGCUAUUGAGUCAAAUGGAAAGUUGGUAACCGUAUUUGCUUCUCCAAGUUGGCUCAGUUAA